CCCAGCCCCAAAACUGUUUCCUUUGGGAUGUCACGCCAUCCCGUCCGGCUGUGUGGGUCCCGCAGGGGCCCCAGCCCCACCCCGCCGGGCUGCGGUCUAACAGUCGCCCGGAUGGACGUUUCCUGUUGGCUUCCCGGCCAGACCCCUCCUGGGAGGCCAGGCGCUGCAGCCAUCAGGAGUUUGUUCCCAGGAGACAGACCCUUUCUCCCCCGAAGUCACUGUGGUCUGAAGGGAGGCCGCUGGGCAGGGGAGCUGGAGUCUGGGUGCCCCUGCCCUCCCCGAGGGCCUGGAGCGUCCCCAGCCCGGGCGACAGCAUCCAUCGAGCACACGCAGACCCAGAGCUGGAGCCCACUCCACACGGGCCCCCACCUCUGACCCCUCUCCAGCGACAUGACCAGCCCCGAGCCAGCCCCCGAGACCCUCGAGCCCGAUGGCCCCACCUGGCCCACUCAGCCCACGUACAGCAACCUCGGUGAGGUCCGCGCCCACCUGCUGCCCUCCAAGGCCUGCCGCCCCCGGACCCCUGGGUCCCCCUCCCCAGACCUGGAGCCCCUGCCCCCACCCCUGCCCAAGAAGACUUUAACCCGGACGCAGUCUCUGCCCACCCACGGGGCCCCCAGCCCCAGCUCUGCCAGGGCACAGCAGCCCCGGCAGCUCCUUCUAGGGUCCCACAGUGUGGACGAGACCCAGGCCGAGGCCGGGCCAGCCUGCCCCCCCUCAGAGCUGACCUUCAGCAUGCCUGACGCCACACUCGGCCUCUUGGCCCGAGACCUGCGCAGCCCCGAGGCCCUGCUCGCUGCGCUGGCCGCCCGGCAGCUGGAGGGCCUCCGCGUCAUCCGUGCCCUGCUUGGGGCCCGGCUCAUGGGGGGCCACCCUGGCCCCUGCUGCCCUGGCGACGGCUUCCGCCUCCUGGACAGCUCGCCCCGAGUGGAGAGCGGGGACGCCCUAUACUACCGGGUGGUGCGGGUGCACGAGGACACGUGGCACAUCCUGACUGCCAAGGUGCCCAAGCCCGGAGCCGAGGUGCCCCACCCGUGGGGCCUGGAGUUGCAGGCCUCCCUGCCCCCACACUUCAACCUGCAGGGGCUGUGUGGCCUGGUGCCCGAGGACACACUGCCCGGGGCGCCCUGGAGAGGCCCUGCGGUGCUGGCGGCAGAGGUGCCCGAGCGCACGGUGGCCCAGUGGCUGGCGGAGGUCCGCGCGCAGCGGUCGGAGGAGUUCGCUUGGGCCCUGGCCUUACUGCUACUGCAGCUGAGCUCCGCCCUGGAGUGCCUGGAGGCGCAGGGCGUGGCCCUGGCCGAGCUGCGGCCUGAAAACCUGCUGCUGGUGGCGCCGCGGGGCUGCGUGGCCUCGGAUCCCCCGCGCCUGCUGCUGGCCGACUUUGGCCGCGUCCGUCGGCGGCCCCUGGGAGCCCCGGGGACCCACGCGCCGCAGCUGGGCCGCCUGCUCCGCUCGCUGCUGGGCCCCGCUGCGUCCUUGGCCUCGCCCUUGGCCUCGCCCUUGGCUGCGGGCCUGGAGCGCCUGGCGGCCCAGCUGCCCCGAGUGCGGCCCUCUGCGGCCCAGACGCGCCGCGCGCUGCAGGCUCUGCUGUGGGGGCCGGGGCCGGAGCUGCGCGGCCGCGGAGCCCCUCUCGGGCCCUGGCUGCGGGCGCGCCGUGCGCUGCUGGUCCUGCACCUGGCCGAGCAAGCCGCGGGUGGAGAGGCGCCCGGCCUGGAGGACUGGCUGUGCUGUGAGUACCUGGCCGAGGCCACUGAGGCCUUGCUGAGCCAGGCCCUGGUGCUGUUGUGGGACUGACCCCAACCCGGAGCCGAUACACCUGGCAGAUGGCCCCCUGUGUCUCCACCAUAGACGACACAGAGUGCGGGCCCCUCCAAUGCCUGCCCCCUCCUAUGCUGGGGACUUAGGCCCAGGGCUCCCCAAGAGUGCAACUGCCCGCUCCAGGGCACCUCUCUGAUGCCAGGGCCACACACACCCUGCCAAUAAACGUCUCUCUGAAUAUGUCCCACUUUCCCAGCCGGUCACUGUCUCCAUGGGAGUGUGGACGCUGUCCUUCCAAAGCCAGGGCAAAGGCAUUUCUGGUCCUGGAGCACACCCUCGUGCCUAGGACGGCCAGCGACCCCAAUCCCAGUCCCUUGUGCAGAGCUGCCUGGUGCUCACAGGCUGGGGGGGGCUCCCUGGGACCUUAGACACCCAGCCCACCCAGGGCGAGUCCAGACUCUCCUGCCCCCAAGCCUCUCAUGCUGUCCCUGCCACCUCCUACUCUCCCCACCCCUCGACCCCCUCCCUGUUCCUUCCAGCCUCCAAGCCUUUGCAUGGGCUGUUCCUCUGCCAGACUGCUCCAGUCCCCCUCCUGUAAGCAAAUAAAGUCACCCCUCCAGUCGAGUGCUGCCUGCUAGCCCUGUUCUCUCCCUGCCACAGCAGGUGGUCACCACUUGGUGUAUUUGUUAGUUUCUGUGAGGCUGUGAGCUCCCUGAGGGCAAGGCCAGGCUUGGCAUACAGUAAGUGCUCAAUUAGUAGCCUAACACGAUAGAAUGAGCAAAUGGGCAAAGAUUCCUCAGGGGUCUCUGUUUACACCUCUGAAAUAUGAACUCAGGAGCUCUGAAGGGUCCCUUUGACCUCGCCUGAGGCCUCCUCCCUGAUAUGCCCCCAUCCCACCCCCACCCCCCGGCAAUCCUGGGGGAUCUAACACCCAGGUAUGACCAGGCUCCUCCCCUGCUCAGACACCUCCCAUGGCUCUCUAGUGCCCUCAGGAUAUACACAGGGCUCCUGCAAAGGCUCUGCAAAUUCUCUCUGGCCAACCCCACAUGCUGGCUGCCUAGUCCUUUACCCAAGUUACUUCUCCUCCCCUCUGCUUCAGACUCCUGUUCAACUUUCAACACCUAGGCUCCAAAGCCCUUUCCCUGCAUUUGCAUCGUCCAAACGGGCAGAAAGCAUGUGUCCGGCCCUGUUUUCACAGCCAACCCCACUGUCCCUCGUAUGCCUGGAUGUCUCACCCCUCCAGGUCUGUCCCACCCUCCAAGAGCUCCCUCCUCUUGUAGAAUGACCCCUUCAUCGCCCCCGCCCAUCCGAGCCAAGGCCCGAAUGGGCGGCGCUCCCGGAUGCGGCCGGCAGGUGGCGCUGUGGCCACGUGGACUUUGGCGGGUACGGGCCGGAAGUGACAGUCGGCCCCGACCGGAGCCCAGAGCUCUAGGCCUUCGCCUCUGCGUGCCACCUCCUGCCUACCCCACCCCAGCCCAGGUGACCACCAGAGGAGGGCUCCUGUCCCCAGCAUAGCGCUGCGAGGCCCCCCCAGGAGAGACUGGGGGACACGGGGCCCCAAGGCCAAUUCGAAGGUCAGAAAGUGAGGCUUGAGGGUCCUGAGUGGCAGCCGUGCUGGCAAUGACUGCAGAGUGAGCGCGUGGGCCUGGCCUAGGCCACAGGCCCAGUUAUCCUCUCUAGACAGGUGCCACCCAGGGCAGCCCUUCCCAGUCCCCAGCAACAUCACCAGCAACGCGGUCUUGGAGGUGUGAUCACUUUAUUCGGAUGUUUGAGCAGAAGGGUAGAUUAAUACCGAUCUUUCCAAGUUAAGAGACCUAAGACUGUUUCCAAAAGACUUCAAAUAAGAAACUUCUCAAAGUACAAGGAUAAUCUGAAUCAUCUUAAACCAGCAAUAAAAAAGUAAAA